AUGAUAUCCUUUCUUGACCUGCCGGUUGAAAUCCGGGUGAUCAUUUAUGCAUACUUGCUCAACCCAAAUGAUUAUCUGAGCGGUUACCGACAGAUCGAGAACUUGAUCACAGCACACACGGACAGAUCUAGAGGCCCUAGCUGUGCCGACCCUCGUCUCUAUGUCGAGCGAUAUACACCUUCGAUUCUCCUCGUGAACAAACAAAUAACCAGCGAGGCCCUCUAUGUUCUGCAUCGAAUACCUCUCAGUCUGGAAGGCACCCCGGGGACAUACCUAGCCAUGCGCCAGAUGGACAUCACCGAAUUCAUCAGUGAAGAGCUACUUCAAAAUAUUCAUUACGGGAUUCUGAGGCUGGACACGGCACACAAACACUUUGUCUUGCCACUUCUCGAUAUCUGGGGACAAAGAAACAACCUGAAAAGACUGGAUGUCUUCCGUCCAAGGUCAACACCUAUUCCUCGAGAUCAUUGGAAAAUUGUGAAGAGCAGGAUACGAACUUUCUCGACCGUGGUGCAGGUUGUCUGGCAUAAGGUUGAUAAUCCUCUCAAAGCCAGCAUAUGAACCACAACUAAAUGUGGUUCUCUCUUCUUGUAAAAACCAAAAUAUUCUCUG